GAUGACGUGGAGCAGGACCGCCACGUGUUCGUCGUGUUCGAGGACACGCUGGCUUGGUCCUCCUGCACCGUGGGUCGAGGAGGGCAAAAUUGGAAACUCGCAGCCCUUCACGAGCUCGACUUGGACUACAUCGUCAGGGACGCGUCCUACUCCCGAGGCAAGCUCUUCCUCGUGGGUUCGGGCAAUCGUUUCGUCGUUGUUGACGUCAUAUUUGGUAACAAUAACAUCUACCACAGCGACGACACCAACAAACAACAGAUCGUCAAGGUGAAACCUAGUUCCCAAGUGUUUUAUCUGUCAAGAGAAAUGUUGGAUAAAGGAGACCGGGCGGAUGAAAGCAGGUUCAGUCACUUGUGCCACCUCGACGAGGAGAAGGAUGAUUUCCCACUCGUUAUUAUCAGUCGUUGCACCAAGGAUGGUGGCGUCACGUUCCGAUGUUACAAGCUGGUACUGCUGCAGGUGCGAGGUGGUGGAGUUUGCUCUAGAGACGAAGGGAUUGAGUGGAAGGAAGUGACGAGCUUGGAUGGGUUUUCUGUGUUUCUGGGGUCUCACCAGUCCUUCGCUUUUGGUGGUGUGGCGGAUAAUAACGGUGUGAAUUAUGGGGUUGGUGCAAAUCGGGUGUACUUCUCCUUCUGUUUUGCCGAGCAUGGUUUGUUCAUGAAUCAUGACAUGUUUUGGUCAUGCCACCAGAACAAAUGUGGCGUCUUGGAUCUCGCUGGUGGUGGAGAGGUGGAGUGGUUUCAUCCUUGUCGUGGUCUUGGUGAUCACAACUAUGUUUGGUUCCUUCCUUCGCCAUGGGAAAUUAUUAGGUACAUGCAACAAAGGAAGGCCAAGAAACCGGAUCACCUGCCCGGCAAGAAGGACGAGAUAUGAUAAUUAAUUACUAGUAGCAUAUUGAUUUUUGAGGAGGAAGGUGCGUCUGUACUGGAGUGGGGCUUCCUGAUUGAAGUGGGAACUGAGAAAAUAUUACUGUGGUCAGUAAAACUACGAUCACCUCCACUUUCACUUUCCAGUAUCGCUAAUGCUACUGCGGGGAAACUCGUUGUUGGACAAUGUUGUUUUAAUUCACUCUUUGAAAAAUGUUCACCUCUUGUGUGUUUAUGAAACGUGGACUAGUUGUUGGACAAUUUCUCGACCAAAUACGGAACGCCGAGUCUUUGUUUGUUUAUGUAAG